CUUGGCGUCCCCGCAACGCCGUCCUCGAGCGGCUUCACGUACAGCGUACAUGGACAUGCCUCUGCUUCGUCCCGACCUGCGCAGGACACUGAGUGUUGCCGGCUACGGUGUGCGUGCUUCAUAUACCCGCGUCCGGGCUUGACGCCACCGCCAAGCCGAAGGAGGUAGUCGGGUUGCGGGACAGGGAAGGGGUCGAUGCCCGAUAACAGCCUCCCAUCUGGAGCCCCAUGAUGAAAUUCUCCGUAAGACAUUUCUCCCGACAUUGGAGCCGCUCAGCCGGUUAGCGUAUCGAAUAGUGGCGGCUGGUAGGUGGCGGCCCUUGGGCGGCCCCUCAAAGGGCGGCAUAAAGCCCUUAAAGGGAUGCCCGUCACCCAGACCGCCCCCUGCUAGGCCCACCUGUCCCCGCACGAGCGUCGCGCGCAAGAUCCCGACGAAUCUUGACGAAGAUACGACGAGACUAGGUAGAAAUGGCAGAUGUGGAGAAAGCGAGCUCGUCCUCGAGCUUCCCCGGCGAAAAGCCCGGCGCGUCACAUAUAGAACAGUCUGCAUCCGACAAGCAUGCGAAGCAGCACGGCGCCGAAGUGUAUAAUGCCGACGUCGAUACUUCGGGCGUGGAUGAGCGCAAGCUCAUGAGAAAGCUCGACCUGCAUCUCGUCCCGUGGCUGUCGUUCCUGUACCUCCUCAGCUUCUUGGAUCGCACGAGUAUCGGAAAUGCGAAGCUGUAUGGAAUGGAAGAGGAUCUGCACAUUAGCGACCAGCAGUACUUGAUUGCACUCACGCUGUUCUUCUUUCCAUAUGCCCUUUUUGAGGUUCCUUCGAACGUGUUCCUGAAGAGACUGCGUCCGUCAAUAUGGCUAUCAUUCUUGAUGUUCGGCUGGGGCAUCAUGAUGACUGUGCAAGGCCUUGUCCAUAACUAUGGAGGCCUUCUUGGAAUGCGGUGGCUGCUCGGCACGUUUGAGGCUGGAUUGUUCCCUGGUGUUAACUACUACCUCUCAUGUUGGUACAGACGCUCCGAGUUCGGCCUGCGCUCCGCCAUCUUCUUCUCCGCCGCGACCGUCUCCGGCGCGUUCGGCGGUCUGCUCGCGGCGGCGAUCGCGAACAUGGACGGCGUCGGCGGGAAGCCCGCCUGGGCGUGGAUCUUCAUCAUCGAGGGCCUCGUGACCGUCGUCGCAGGCGCGGUCUCGUACUGGAUCAUCCAGGACUUCCCGGACAACGCGCGCUUUCUGACCGAGGUGGAGCGCACGGCUGUCGUGCGCCGCCUGCAGGCGGACGACCAGUUCAGCGCGGCGGGUGAGAAGCUGCAGUUGCGGUAUAUCUGGAAGAGCUUGAAGGAUUGGCAGACGUGGUUGGGCAUGCUGCUGUACAUGGGAACGGAUGGCCCGUUGUAUGCGUUCUCGCUGUUCUUGCCUAGCAUCAUCAAUCAGCUUGGUUACACCGCUACGCCCGCGAAUCUCCUCACAGUCCCCGUAUACGUCGUUGCAUGUAUCUGCACCUGCGCGGUAGGCUUCAUCGCAGACAAAUACGGCGGCCGCGGGUAUCUGAACGUGCUGUGUCUCGCGGUUGGCGCCGCCGGCUACAUCAUCCUCAUUGCUUCGCGAAACGCGGGCGUGUCCUACUUCGCGGUAUAUUUAGCUGCGUGUGGAAUCUACUCCAGCAUUCCGAACGUGAUCGCUUGGGUCUCGAACAACGUCGAAGGCUCGUACAAGCGGUCCGUCACGCUCGGGAUGGUCAUCUCCUUCGGGAACAUCAACGGUGCAGUGUCGUCGAACGUCUACCGCGCGAACCAGAAGCCGUGGUACACGCUCGGGCACGGCAUCGUGCUGGCAUACAUUGGGAUCGGGCUCGUAUGCUCAGUCGCGUACAUCAUCCUCCUCAAGCGCGAGAACGCGCGACGGGAUCGGGGCGAGCGCGACGAGAUCAUCGAGGGUGUGAACGACGGGGACAAGCACCUUGCGCGGAACGGCACGUUUGCGAGCGUCGCGGAGGCAAAGCGCGAGAAGGGCGACCAUUGGAGUGGGUACCGGUACAGAACAUAGUGGCGGUGGUGAGCACGACUUGCCCUCUGUACUACUGCUACGGCACAAAUUGUAAUGACACUCCGACACGAAUCGCGAUGUCAGAUUCAGAUGUCAGCUGUGACAUAAAUAAAGCAACUCGCCGUCUUAUCACCGCAAUUGUUACCUUGGACUGGAUGUCGUGUGUCAGAACGCCGUUCUAUCGCCUCGGUCCCUCCACCCGCUCGGUGGCUCUGAGUGGC